AUGAGCCAAUCUCUAGCUAUGCUGAAGGUGCUUAUUUUCUUCGUUCAAUUGAUUUCUCUGACUCAGGCGAAGCCAUCUUCUGGAUCAAGAUCAUUGGUCAUCUAUGACAAAAGACUAACGGAUUUGGACGAUUACAGCAUAUUCUUCAGCAACCUGGAGGAGCGCUCGUACCACCUAGAUUAUGCACCUGUAAGCAAUGGCUCUGCAGUUGUUGAGCUUUUCAGUGGAGAGGAGAAGCUCUAUGACAAUUUGAUCGUAUUCCCCGUAAAGUCAAGACACUUCAACAAGCAAUUACCAGCGGAGAGACUUCUCGACUUUUUCAAUGAUGGGGGUGAAAUUCUUGUUAUGACGUCUCCCAAUGGAGUUGCCGAUAAUAUUCGCAUCUUUUUGAACCAGCUUGGGAUUUAUCCUAGUCCAAGAAAUUACGAGCUGAAAGAUUACUUCCACGUCGAUGACAACGGCUUAGUCCGUCUAUCAGGAAACGAUGUUCUUAAUCAGCAUGUCGUUCCAAAAAGUGAUCAGGAUGUUCUUUACGAGGGGUCUGCUGCCCUUCUUGGCAGCUCUGAUUUGAUCAUUCCUGUACUGCAUGCGCCCAGGACAUCUUUCACUGAGGAUGUUCAGAAGCAGGGGGAUAAAUGGACUGUCGGGUCUCAAGGAUAUGUUAUGGCAUCUUUCCAGAGUCUCAGGAAUUCUCGCCUGACGUGGGUUGGAAGCGACAGCUUUUUUAGCAACAAGUAUUCCGCCCCUAAUCAACAAUUUGCACAGGAGCUAAUAAAAUGGACUUUUGACGAAAAAUCAGUGGUAAAAGCUGUACUAUCUAGGCAUUCGCAUUCAAAUGGUCUGGAAUAUGCAGACUCUCCUUAUAAAAUCAAAGAUGAGGUCGUAUAUGAUAUCGGCUUGACCGAAUGGAAUGGUGCUUCUUGGGUCCCUUUUAUCGCAGACGAUAUUCAGUUUGAGUUAAGAAUGGUCGAUCCAUACUAUCGUAUCACUUUGAAGCCAAAGUAUUCUCCGUCAGAGGUUCAAAUGUACACAACUGGGAACUUCAACCUUCCUGAUCACCAUGGUAUUUUUACUUUCAUUGUCGGUUACAAACGAAGCGGACUGUCAUUCUUUACUGAGAAAGACGUGAAAGCUAUCCGCCAUCUAGCUAACGAUGAAUAUUCGAGAAGUUGGGAUAUCACCAAUUCUUGGGUAUAUCUCACAGCUAUUUACUCCGUCAUUAUCGUUUGGGUGGUUUUCGUAGCGCUCUUUAUGGGAAUCAAAAGGAAGAGCCUCGUUCCGAUCGAGAAGAAAACGAAUUGA